GCAAUGGCACGGAACACUAGAAUUGAACCACAUAAGUUCAUCCUUGGGACAGAUCCGAUCGAUCCCUGGUCAGGAACCAUUCGUUGCUUUUGUAUGAUUUGUUAUCUCCCACAGGAUCGCCGUAUGAUAUAUCCUGGGAGUGUUACCUACCUCCCAUAUGCUACAGGACACUAAUAAAUAUGUUCAGCUCAGCAAGCCCAUUUUCCAGCCGCAGCGCAGACUGAUAUCGAAUUCGCAAUGCAAUUGCACCUGACACUGCCUCUUUAUUCGUCAGCUGUUUUUGAUCCGGGUUUUGCAACUGGGUUAUUUCUUUUUCUCACUUUGCUGCGUUCCUUUUCAAUCGCUGUCAGCGGUUGCAACUGAGUCAAUUGCUGACGUCUGCUGUUAUAAGUCUACGGUGUAUUCUUGGAUUACUGGGUCAUAUAACCACCUUUCAACUCAUAACCUGUUCUUGCUCUUCAUUAUCCUUCUGCAUAUCCUACGUUACAGCAAUAUGCCUACCCGCGAGAAAUCACGCCCGAGACCUCGUGGGUCCGACGAAGAAUUCGUAGUCUUUCUUCAAGGGAUCCCAGCUCACUGCCGCUGGCAAGAACUCAAAGACCUCAUCCGCCAAACAGCCGUUCAUAUCCGCCAGGCUGUAGUCUACGACGACAGUCAUGGUUUUCCUACUGGGCUAGGACAGAUAAUUGUUAAGAAUGAAGAGGAGGCGUGGAGGACUUAUCAUCGACUAUCCGCUAACGGCUGGGAAGGACAGAGUAUAGUCGUCACGCUCUCGAGAACCUGUUCCCCGACUCGUCCCAUCGCAGGCCCCACCAGAGGUCCGGCUUGUGUGUUUCCUUCUGGUUACAUGUCUGGCUACUCGACGCCACCUCGUGUGACCCAGAAUCUGGCUGCCCCCGGUUCUCCAGAAUCUUUAUACCAGAGCCCAGAGUAUGCACCGAUCAUAGGUCUCCCUCAGCCACCGCCAUCAUUCAUCCAUAUAUUCCAAGAUCCUCUUUCUCCACCGACAGCCCCAGGUCCAGGUCCAGCCGUCGCCUGCGAACCAUCGUUAUAUACCUUCACCGUCCCUCCACCGACAUAUCAAUUCCAGCCUAUCCCCGAACCAGCCGCACACCCCCCAGCGAAGUCUCUUUCCAACGUCCCAAGCUACAUCACCAACUCCUACACAAAACCCACCCGCCGCACAAUCCUCGCCCAGAACCUCAACGUAAACACCACACAAGCAAACCUAGUCUCUCUCUUUCAAGAGGCCGGCCCUAUCGAACAAUGCCAGUUCGACACAACCACAACCACUGCCGCCUACACCCGCCACAAACAACAAUCAGCCAGAAUCACAUUCACAACGCCAGACUCUGCCAAACGCGCCGUCACAUUAUUCAACAACACCGCGUUCAUGGGCUCAAAGAGAAUCCGCGUUUGCAUAGAUCGAAACCCCAACCCCAAUCCCAGCCCAAACCGGAUCUCAAACCACAACCAGGCCACAACUGUGGCUACAAAAGCAACCAGCGCAGCAAGCACAAGCUCGACAACACCUGCUUCAAGCCCUAGCCCUAGUCCUGGUCCUUAUUCUUAUCGUGGCCAUAGUAGUGCCGGAACUAGUCCUGCGCAUAGUGUUACGGGCGGGUCUAGACCUGCGUCGAAGGAUGGACCUGCUCCGCAACAGUCGGUGGAUAGGUGUCAGCCGUUGGUGGUGAAUGGGUCUGGGGUUGGGAGGAAUGCGGUUGGUGUUGUUCAUUGAUUGCUUUCUUUUUUCAUGAAUUUGCCGAAAAAUAUCUCGAAAAGAAGUACCUGCUAUUCUGCAUUUAUUAGAGCGUCUUUGGAGGGACUGGGAUUGGUAUGGGUUGGUUAGGUUAGGCUAGGUUAGGCUAGGUUAGGAUAUAGGUCAGGUUAAUAGAAUGCGUUGCUAUUCGCCCAACUCAGUAGCCAUGCAAUUGUCUAAAUACAUAAAACUCGUCAUAUCAUCUAAUUCCAAGUCAAUCAGCAUCAAUUAAUCAUUCCUCAUCAUCAAUCAAUCAAAUCAGUAUACAGCGUCGCGUCGCACGUGCCAUGUAUAAUAGUAAAACAAAUAUAACGCCUCCAAUGUAAAUCUAAAUGUAAAUGUGCCAGGAUGAAUGCAAUGUCAAGAAAGGAAAGGCAAAGAAAA